AUGGAGCAGUCAUCCCCAGAUAACCGAUUUUCUCAUACUCCAAAUUCUACAUUCUCAACCAAGAAAGGAAGGAGUGGUUAUGAACCAUCAGACACAGAGACCGAGUGGCAAGAGAUUCCACGGCACGAACGAGAAAGAAGGAACUUAAUUUUAGGUCCUGAAGAAACAAAAGCUUUGACUCUAAUGAACAAAACCCCCAUGGCACUACACAGGAGGUACUCUACAAGGUUUGAAACUGAAGUCUCAAUCUCAUCAUCCUCAACAGCUUCAGUUUCCCGAAGAAAACACCAUAGCAAAUCACCCUAUAAGCUGCGCGUAGCAGGUGAUGAUGCUGCUUCAUCAUCAUCCAUAACCGUGUCUCCUUUCAGCAGAAGCCACGAGCAAAGAACACCCUCUAGAGAGAACAGAAAAGUGGUUGAGGCAACCGAGAAGCCACACUACAAAAGAGCAGUGACUGCUCCAAGGUUGAGGGAGCACGAGAGCAAUCAUGGAGGGAAAACCAAUGACAUGGUUGUCAAACAAAGGGAAGCUUUCAAAGCAACUUCAGUUGGAGAAAUCAACGAAAUGAUAGGCCAGGUGAAAUUAUAUGAGAAUCUCACUAGUGAUUAUUCAUCGGUGCUAGAAAGCACAGAUUCGAUUCAACCAGGUGAUCUUUUCUUUUCCCGCGAAUGCAAUGCCUUUCAAGGGAAGAAUUCUUCAUUGCCAAAAAGCAUUCAACAAUGUGGUCAUUUUAGUCCAAGGCCAUUGGUGACCCCCGUGAGAGCUCCCUCUGAAAAUAGAGAAAAUGGUGAUCUUAACCUCAAUAUGAAUAUCCGAGGAACAUCGUCCAAUAAUGUCUUGUCUCGAUCAACCACUACAAGUUCUGCUGCUACAAGCAGAAAGGGUAGUGGCACUGGGAAGCCAAGUAGCGUGACAAGCGAUGGUAGUGUAAAGACAACUGCAAGCAUGCAGAGAUUCACAUCCAAUCGAAAGAAGAACCAGAAAGAUGCAUGGUUUUCUUGUAUGAGAACAGGAAACUGUAGAACGACAAGAAAAUCGCCUGAACGUCGACCAAUUGAUGAAGCUUCUUUCAUUGGAAGGGCAUCAGUGGUGGAAAACCUCCCACAAUUCUGGGCAGAUAAACACCAACCUGCUUCACUUAAUGGCUUCAUUUGCAACAAACAAGAAGCUCAACUUCUCAAGGAAUUGGUGUCUCGGGGGUCUUGUCCUCAUAUUCUGCUCAAAGGACCCUCCGGUGCCGGGAAAAGACAACUAGCAAUGGCCCUUCUUCGAGAGAUAUACGGUGAUGCAUGCUGUAAUGACAAAAGGCUUAUGAAAGUAUCUGUUCCAAUAACAUCCAGUUCUCAUCACAUGGAGCUCGAUGUAAAUUCAGAUCCAAAUGCUAAAUAUGCUUUAAUGGGAUUAAUCAAAGAAAUUAGCAAUAUAUAUGCUAUUGCCCCCGAAGUCAGCAAUAUUAAUUUCAAGUCAGAUUAUAAAGUAAUAGUUCUUUAUGAGGUCCACAAAGCAGUAGAUAACAUUCAGCACAUUAUCAAAUGGACCAUAGACCGCUAUUCAGAUAUAUGCAAAUUAGUACUCUGCCUUGAAGAUGAUGCAUGCAUCAUUGAACCUGUGAAAAAUCGGUUCAAAGUUAUCAAAGUUGAGGCUCCUCAAACUCUUGAAAUUGUUGAGGUCCUUAUUCAGAUAGCAAAGAAUGAGGAAAUUGAUCUACCCAUGAAUUUUGCUGCGAAGAUUGCUACAAAGUCUAAGCAGAACCUCAGACAAGCUAUCAUGGCUCUUGAAGCAUGCAAAGCUCACAACUAUCCAUUUUCAGAAGAACAACCAAUUUCAAUUGGAUGGGAGGAGAUCGUAAUAGAAGUUGCUGCAGAAAUCGUAGCUGAUCCCUCAUUUUCACGAUUACUCUCAAUACGAGGGAAAUUUCAAAUGCUUCUCCUGGAUUUUGUCCACCCAAAACUGAUUCUCCAGAAACUCGUGGAACAGCUCCUAAAAAGAAUUGAGGCCAACUUAAAAAGGGAACUAUACUAUUGGCAUGCUUAUUAUGUGAGUUUCUCUUUCCAUAAAUUGCCUUAA